CUGUUUCUAUCUUCCCCACUCUCUCCCUUCCCCUCUCUCCUGUCGUUCGAUUCUGCUCUCCCACAUAUAUCCCCUCCUCUCCUUUUCCCCUCCUAUUCACAAGAGGCGGUCCACUUUAUUGCCAUCUUUAUAUUUCGGCAACCAAUCCGUCCCAUUCACUCCUAUUUAAUGUCACCAUUAAUGGAGGCCACCCUUUUCCUUCAAAAUUAGGCGUUCCAAACCCCCAAUUUAAGCUUUCCAAACCCCCAAUUUAAGCUCCCACUUCAGCUCCAAAGGCUGUGCGCGCCACCACAACCUCGCAAGUAUCAACUUUAUAGCCUGUUCCACUACACGUGGGACCACCACAUUGUGAGCAAUAUACAAGCUCUAGUCCCUCCUGGCCUCCCGCAGGCAUUGGCUCCCACUUCUUAUUUGGUCCCAACUACCUCUCUGGUGGCAAUUUAAGAAAGUGUACGCAGCGAGCUAGACCAACAAGUAUAGCGUGUGAGGGUGCAUGAGAGAGAGAGAAGAGAGAGAACAGGUGGUAGCUGGAGUGAAGCAAGAAAUCAGUCUGUCCUAUUAAAUGCCUCUCAUCUCAUCCACCUCCCUUCUAUAAACCUUUCCACCCUCUCCUUCUCCUCCUCCCCCAUCCCACUACUUCCAAAAUAAAAAUACCACUACCUUAGCUCGAUUCAUUACAUCGUUAUUACACCUACAACCCAUUUUAUUUAUAUUAUAUUACCAAAAAAAAAAAACUAACCAAAAGAGUGACUACAGAGCUCAUUGUCAUGGAGAGCAGCACCGUGCUGGUGGUGCUGGCAUGCAUCGCGGCGUACGUGAUCUGGUUCUCGCGGCUGGCGGCGGGCUUGCGCGGCCCGCGAGUGUGGCCGCUGCUCGGCAGCCUCCCCGGUUUGAUCCAGAAUGGCGAGCGCAUGCAUGACUGGAUCGCCGAGAACCUGCGAGCCACCGGCGGCACAUACCAGACCUGCACCUGCGCCGUCCCCGGCCUCGCUCGCCGGCAGGGUCUCGUCACCGUCACCUGCGAUCCCCGCAACCUGGAGUACGUCCUCAAGACGAGGUUCGACAACUACCCCAAGGGCCCCACCUGGCACGCCGUCUUCCACGACCUCCUCGGCGACGGCAUCUUCAACUCCGAUGGCGACACCUGGCUCUUCCAGCGCAAGACCGCUGCCCUCGAGUUCACCACCCGCACCCUCCGCGCAGCCAUGAAUCGCUGGGUCUCCCGCUCCAUCCACCACCGCCUCCUCCACAUCCUCCGCCGCGCCGCCGCCGGCUCCGCCGCCGUCGACCUCCAGGACCUCCUCCUCCGCCUCACCUUCGACAACAUCUGCGGCCUCACCUUCGGGAAGGACCCCGAGACCCUUUCCCUGGGCCUCCCCGACAACGCCUUCGCCAACGCCUUCGACCGCGCCACCGAGGCCACCCUCCACCGCUUCAUCUUCCCGGAGUUCGUCUGGCGCCUCAAGAAAUGGCUCCGCACCGGAAGCGAGGUCACUCUCUCCGAAAGCGUCGUCCACGUCGAAAGGUACAUCUCCGCCGUCAUCAAGAACCGAAAGCUCGAGCUCGGCGAAGAUGGCAGCCACCACGACGAUCUCCUUUCUCGCUUCAUGAAGAAGGGAACCUACUCCGACUCCUUCCUCCAGAGCGUUGCGCUCAACUUCAUACUCGCCGGCCGCGACACCUCCUCUGUAGCUCUCAGCUGGUUCUUUUGGCUCGUCUCCACCCACCCCGCGGUCGAGCGCCGUAUUCUCUUCGAGCUCGCCACCGUCCUCUCCGGUACCCGCGGCACCAACCCUGUUGCCUGGGUUUCCACUCCCCUCGUCUUCGAAGAGCUUGAUCGCCUUACAUACCUUAAAGCCGCUCUCUCAGAGACUCUCCGACUCUACCCCUCCGUCCCCGAGGACUCGAAGCACGUCAUCGCCGACGACGUCCUCCCGGACGGUACUUUCGUGCCGGCCGGCUCUGCCAUCACCUACUCCAUCUACUCGGCGGGGAGGAUGAAGCCGGCGUGGGGGGAGGACUGCAUGGAUUUCCGGCCGGAGCGGUGGCUGUCACCGGACGGGAAGCGGUUCGAGGCGCACGACUCGUUCAAGUUCGUCGCGUUCAACGGCGGGCCUAGAGUGUGCCUUGGGAAGGACUUAGCAUACCUCCAGAUGAAGUCCAUCGCCGCCGCUGUGCUGCUGCGCCACCGCCUCGCCGUCGUCCCCGGCCACCGCGUCGAGCAGAAGAUGUCUCUCACUCUCUUCAUGAAGUACGGGCUCAAAAUGAACGUCUACGACCGGGACCUCGAUGCCGUCACGGAGGAGCUCCGGCUGGAACAGCGGAAGGUGGCGGUGGAGAGCAGCGGCACCGCCGUUGCUGGCUUUGCCAAGUCUGUUCAGGUGGGGUAGCCAGUGCUCAAGUUUCUUAACUCUUGUUAAGCUUAAGAUGGGUAGAAUUACAAGUUUGGAGGUGGUGUGGAUGAAGGUAGAUAGGUAGGAUGCAAACAAGUUGGUGUGAGUUUGGCGAGGAGAGGAGACCAUAAGGAUUAUUAUGUCCUAGAUGGGUAUUCUAGGAGGAACUAAUUCAAAUGUUACGCUUGAUGUGAUCGACAUAAAUAAUAAGAAAAUGAUGGACGUUAU